GAGAAACAUGGCCGCGUCCACGGGGGCUGCGGAUGCCGCUGCCUCAGACUCCACGGGUCCAGCUUCCUCGGUUCCGAGCAUGGGCAGUCCAACUAUCCAGUACAGUCUGGUUCUGGAGCACCUGGUCGGGGAGAAGCGGCCCAUUAAAGAGCUGAGCCCCGGAGUUAUGGGGGGUCUGCCGGUGCCUCCGAAAAGCGACGAGCAGAAGAUGAUCGAGAGGGGAAUGGAGAGCUGCGCCUUCAAGUCGGUGCUGGCCUGUGUGGGAGGGUUUGUCCUCGGAGGAGCUUUUGGCGUGUUCACGGCCGGUAUCGACACCAAUGUCGGCUUCGACCCCAAAGACCCGCUGAGGACCCCCACGGCCCGAGAAGUUCUGAAAGACAUGGGCCAGAGGGGCAUGUCGUACGCCAAGAACUUUGCUAUUGUGGGCGCCAUGUUUUCCUGCACCGAGUGCAUCAUUGAAUCUCACAGAGGAAAAUCUGACUGGAAGAACGCGGUGUACAGUGGCUGUGUGACAGGAGGAGCCAUAGGCUUUCGCGCCGGUCUCAAAGCCGGAGUCCUCGGAUGUGGUGGAUUUGCUGCGUUCUCUGCCGCCAUCGAAUAUUACUUGCGAUGAGGUGAGAGGCUUUACGGACAAGAACUUGCUUCCUAUGAGGAGUCACUGCGAGGAAGCCGGGGCACAGAGAGGAGCGUCGAUGAACGUUGGCUUCAGGGACUCUGCUGGGACCUGAACAUCGUUUGUGGGGGAUGUUCCUGCGUCCCCAGUCACAGAAUCUCGUGAGCAGAGAAACGUCGGCGCCCGGGUCCUGAUGCCAAGAAACCGCUGUUUGGUUACAAGCUCGUUCUAUAAAUUGACAAUGGUGUAAUUAAGUAGGAUUAUUUAUACUAAAGUUGUUUUGUUUUUUAUAGCAGUUCGAUCACCCAGUAAUUUUAACAAUCAGAAGUAUUGUAUUUAAAAUUUUCCUGACUUUGGGAAUUUUCUAAAACAUGUCUCUUUCUUUGUCAGUCAGUGUGUACAGUAUGACGGUACUUUGGGUUGUUGUCAGUAUCAUUGUGCUCCCGAUUAUGAAUUGAAUUAAAGGAGAUCAGAGAUG